UUUGUUAGCCAAUCAAUGGCUUGGAUAGGCACGCGAUAGCUUGUGUUUUGCACACGUUAGCCUUUUCAUAUACAUGGGAUUCAGUGAAUACAAAUUGUAAAGCGGAUCAAAGUUUUUUCAUUUUGUUCAAAUCGAAGGAUCCAAAUUUAAUUUCUAUAACAACAAGGAAAAUGUCAAAGACCCCUGCAAAACGUAAACGUCUGAGAGCAAGGGAAAACAAUGAUGUUCCUGGACCUUCUACAGAACCAGACCAUCAUCCGCUGUCCAGUGUGGUGCCAAUGAUUGACUAUGCGGAGCUGGCAAGACACAUGGUGCAACAGCAAGCAAUCCAAGGACAGGCGGAACAACAGUUGGUUACCGAAAACAAUGUACAGGGGAGCCAGCCAGAAGCUGCAACACCCACAAUGACCUCAGCAACAGUGUCAGGUGGAACCCAUAGUGUGGGGGCUACCAAUGUCCUACCUGGACCACAGUCUGUCUCUCCCAUGGACACCCCCAACAUUUCUAAUGUGGGUUCGAUUUUAGAUGUAGUUUUCUCAGACAGCCCGGUUCCAAGCUCCAUAUUUGGAGCAGUAUCCCACCCCGGUUCCGGAACAUUUAUUGCAGAUUUAACUUCAGCAACAGCUCAUAUUCUGACAGCUUCCUUAACACAGGCAUCUCGAGCUGCAUAUAGGCGGUCUUGGGACCUAUUCCUGAAUUACAAACCAGUUACUAACUUACCUUUGCAAGUCUCUGAUGUAUGCAACUUCAUUGGACAUUUAUUUCAAUCCAAUUUGAGUGCAAGCACUAUAUCAUCACACAUAUCUGCUCUGGGCUAUGUCCACAAAUUGUUCAAUUUGCCAGAUCCUUCUCAAACCUUUGUAGUAAAGAAACUUCUACGUGGUUGUCACAAAUUGGCAGGGACUAUGCUCUGUUUAAAUUAUGCUUUCAUGCAUUCCUUCGCCUUGGGGAAGUUGUUUCAAAAUCUGCAGGAAGUAGCAGUUUGGUGGUGCAGCGGUCAAAUGUCGCCUUUCAAUUUGAGGGUUCUUUACUGA